UUCAAGUGAUACCGGACACCCCCGGGAAAAUGGACGUAAAGACCGAAAUGCCGUGGUUAGUGAUUGUGGCGGCCGGUUUGUUUCUACGUGCAACCGUUUCGCUACACUCUUACUCUGGCCAAAACAAACCGCCGAUGUACGGAGACUUUGAGGCGCAACGACACUGGCAAGAGGUGACGGUAAAUCUUCCGGUGAGCGAUUGGUACCGGAACACGUCGGACAAUGAUUUGCUGUACUGGGGAUUGGACUAUCCACCGCUGACCGCUUAUCAUAGCUAUCUGGUUGGUUUGUGGGCACACCGCUGGCACAAUAAGUCUUUCGUCGCCCUGCACAUGUCCCGUGGGAUCAACACGGAUGAGCAUAAACAAUUUAUGCGGAACACGGUUCUGCUGGUCGAUGCGUUCCUGUACAUUCCAGCGAUUCUGUACGCCACGUACACGAUAUUGAGACGAAUGGCAAAGCUCGAGGAUCGGUGGCUUGCUCUCACGCUGGCUGUCCUGUUUCCGGGACAAAUCCUCAUCGAUAACGGUCAUUUCCAGUACAACAAUGCGUCACUUGCCUUGUGUGCGCUAGCCGUAGUGGCCAUCGUACAGGCACGAACACUCGUAGGAGCGGUGCUAUUCUGUUUCGCCCUAAAUUACAAGCAAAUGGAGCUGUACCACGCGUUGCCAUUCUUUUUCUACCUUCUGCGCGACUGUUUCACCAACACUUCGGACAAUUCUCUCACCUUCGGUCUACGCUUCUUGAUGGGCGUGAGAAAGCUGACGUUGCUCGGUACAACCGUUCUGCUAUCAUUUAUCAUAAUCUGGUUUCCUUGGUUGAGUUCCUUGGACGCCGUUGGACAGCUGGUGCACCGUAUAUUCCCUGUAGCCCGCGGCGUUUUCGAAGACAAAGUUUCCAACGUGUGGUGUGUGGUGAACGUGUUCGUUAAGCUAAGAAAUGUCCCAAACACAACGAUGGCGUUCGUCUGUCUAAUUUGCACCUUGCUGGCUGUCCUACCAAGUGGAUUGCAUCUUCUUCUGCAGAAAAAUCACACCCCCAGAAGCUUCCUUUAUUCACUCGUCGUAACAGCACUUGGAUUCUUCCUAUUUAGCUUCCAAGUGCAUGAAAAAUCGAUUCUACUUGCAGCCCUCCCAGCGACAUUGCUUCUUCCAAUGGAACCACUCGUUUCCUGUUGGUUUCUGCAGUUGGCCACCUUCAGCAUGCUGCCCCUACUUCACAAGGAUGGUCUCACAGGGGCUUUUGUGGGUCUUACCCUUAUCAGUCUAACCCUACUUCGGACAGUGCGGGAAACAAAAUCGUCGAACAAAAAUCAAAAACCAUCGUACGAUGUACUUCAUCUACGAGGACUUCUUCCAGAAGGCUUCAUCACAAAUCAAUCCGCCGGAAGUGUCUUUGUGACACUGUUCUAUCUAUCACUACUGGGCCAAGUGUUGCUGUUGGUAGCCUUCCUUUGUCUCGCUCCACCAGCACAUCUUCCAUUUCUCUAUCCACUUCUCAUAUCGGCGUACAGCUGUGGACAUUUUGUGCUUUUUUAUCUAUACUUUAACUACAGACAGUUCUGUAGCGAUCAAGCGGAAAGCGAUCAGCCAUCUAAAGAUAGCCAUAAAAAGAGAGUAAGAUGA